AUGAUAAUUAUAAUUUUCUUUAUAAUAAUUUUAUUUUCAAAUAUUCAUGGACAUUGUCUUAUAUUUAAUUAUCAUGAUAAAAAUGAUAGCAUUAAUCAAUGUGAAUUACAUCAAUCAAAUCAUUAUGGUUAUUCACAAUGUUUAAGAUGUUAUAUGAAUGAACCAAUGAUAUCAUUAGAAAAUAUUACAAUAGAAUUACAAUGUUCACCAAUAUUAAAUCUUCAUUGUAUAGAUUUAUAUUUUAAUGAUACUCAAUCGUAUGAAAAUUUUUCUUUACAAAAUAUUGAUUUUAUUAAUAAAUUAUUUGAUAAAAAUCAUGAUAUCCGUCCAGAAGAACGAAAUUCUCUUAGUAUUCAUAUUAAAUAUGAUAUACUUGAUAAAUUAUCAUUUGAUACAUUUCGAUCAUUUAAUAAUGUAAAAAAUCGAAAUUAUCAUGGAUUACAAUUCGAAUUAAACAAUCGUCAUGAUCAAUUAACACUCAAAAUUAAUCGUGAUAUACAAAAUAUGACAUUAUAUGCAUUACAAAUAAGCAUUUAUUGUGGUUUCAAAGGUUUAUAUCAAUAUAAUUAUGUACCUGGAUCUGAACGUCUUUUACCAGUAGAAUCACUUACAUGUGAAAUUCCAAUAACUUUCUCUACUAUUACAUCUAACAUGUUUACAUAUAUGACUAAUGUAACAUUCAGUACUAUUCUCUUAUCAACAAUAUCGACAAAAAAUAUUCGAAACAAGCUCGUAGUUUUUUUAAGUUUAAUUGGAAGUGGAAGUUUUAUAUUUUGUUGUAUAUUUGUUAGUUGUUUAUACAUAUUGUGUAAACGAAAUAAUCAAAAAUAUGAUAGAAAUAUUGAACAAAGAACAAGUAUAACAUCUAGUAUAACUGAUUCAAUAUCAAGUAAUAGAAGUAUUGAUUAG